AUGAAUUUGAGUGAACGAAUUGAUGAUCGGACUAGGGCGUACCCCCGAGGCGACGCGCAGGGGCAGCACCCGGCCACUGCGAGAAAUGGACAAGGGUUGUUGCACCACAACGGACGGGUGCAACAUAAGAAGCAAGUCCAGAAAAUAAGAGAAGUAUGUAUGAGGUGUGGUAGUUGGAAUGUAGGUUCGAUGACUGGAAGAGGAAGAGAGCUAGCGGAGGUAUUGAAAAGGCGAAGAAUAAAAGUAGCCUGUAUACAGGAGACGAAAUGGAAAGGAGCGAAAGCUAAAGAGAUUGGGGAAGGAUAUAAAUUUUACUAUGUAGGAAGUGCUAGGAAAAGGAAUGGGGUUGGAAUAGUGCUGGAUAAUGAGCUGAAAAAGUGUGUCAUAGAUAUAAAAAGGAUAAGUGAUAGAAUAAUAGCUGUGAAAGUAGAGAGAGAGUAG